AAAACAAAUCGCACAUAAUUCCUUUUAAAUCACAUUCGGCUUUUCACUUAAUGAAAACUACACAGUCAGAACAAAGACAAUCAUUUAGAAAUAAACGAAAAGAAAACAGCUAAUAAAACCCGGAAUUUAACCAAAACAAGAGACCUUUCCCCACCAUUCACCAAAUACACAUUUCCUCCACUUGCAACAAAUCAUUCAACAUUUCCCCAACAUGCAACACAGAGCAUAACUCAACACCCCCUCAACCUGCAACAAAUCAAAGACCUCUCCUCAACCUGCAACAAAAUAGAGACUUCUCAACAUGCAACAGGACCCUCGAGCCAGAGCCGCCGGAGGGAGCGAGGAAGGAGCACGCUGGAAUUCCCUCUCCGUAGUUUACGUCUUUUUUCCCCUCUAAGAACUGUUGCUCGCCGCCUUGAGUGAUGACUACUUACACCGAAGACUACAUACGGGACAAACUGACGAAGGAACUCGAUGCCAAGCAUGUGGAGGAGUGGGAGUGUUGAUGAGCCGGUCAAUUUUCACAUCUAAGGACGCAGCACUGGACUAUCUGCCAACCGUUGAGGAAGGACUGUCACGACUGCUGAACAAGAACACGCUAUAUAUAUUUAGUCGCAUUUCUCGCCUGUGGCCUCGGAAGGUGCAUCAGUAAAAUGGCCAAUGUUAUUUUCAUUACCCUUCUCGGGAUACUUCUGAGAUGGUGCGUGUCGCUGUAUCCUUACUCCGGAGCAGGAAAAGCCCCAAUGUUUGGAGAUUAUGAAGCUCAGCGCCACUGGCAGGAAGUGACGGUGAAUUUGCCCCUGAAGGAUUGGUAUAUGAACACCACUGAUAAUGAUUUACUUUACUGGGGCCUGGAUUACCCUCCUCUUACUGCUUACCAUAGCUAUCUGUGUGGCCUUGUCGCUAAGACUUUGAAUCCCGAGUUUGUCGAACUUCAUACGUCUCGCGGGUAUGAGAGUUAUGAACACAAAUUGUUCAUGAGAUACACAGUGUUUGUUGUAGAUCUCCUGAUAUACAUACCAGCAGCUUACCUCUUUCUUUGUGCUGCAUCUCGGCCAAGGUACAGGAGUGGAAAGCUAGAGUAUAUGGCUUUGAUACUGUAUCCUGGUUUGUACUUGAUAGACUAUGGUCAUUUUCAGUAUAACAAUGCUUCAUUAGGAAUAUUUGUGGGUGCCGUCGCUGCUCUCAUGAAGGGAUAUGACUGCAUUGGGUCAGUUUUGUUUUCUUUAGCUUUGAACUACAAGCAAAUGGAGUUGUAUCAUGCACUUCCAAUUUUUUUCUAUCUGUUGGGCCUGUGUUUCAAACAAGGUGGCGUUUUAGGAUUUUUCUAUAAGAUCACCAAGAUUGGCUUAUCUGUGAUAUUAACCUUUGCUCUAGUUUGGGCUCCCUUUCUCAAGAAUCCCCAAGUAUUUUUGCAAGUACUUAACCGACUUUUCCCAAUUAAUAGAGGUCUCUUUGAGGAUAAGGUAGCCAGUGUAUGGUGCAGUUUAUCCAUUCUUAUUAAACUGAAAAAUCUUGUGAGCAAUACCAACAUGGCUUUGAUAUGUCUACUGUCCACAGUUGUGUGUAUGAUUCCAUCAAGUUUGCACAUCUUUAUUAAUCCCACUCAGAAGAAUCUUCAUUAUGGACUUGUUAAUGCAUCUUUUGUGUUUUUCCUCCUAAGCUAUCAUGUUCAUGAAAAGAGUAUCUUGUUGGCAGCAGUGCCAGCUUGCUUCUUAUAUGGAGAGGAGACUUUUAUGGUUACCUGGUUCUUCAUUGUAUCCGUUAUCAGCAUGUUGCCCCUUCUGGUGAAGGAUGGGCUGACGGUUCCAACACUUGCAUUAACCGUCCUUGUUUAUGUUAUGUACUCGAUCAACAGACAGUCAGAGGGAGAGACGAAAUCCAAAUAUAGUGAGUUUUGGCGCUGGAUCAACAGGUCCUUUUACCUGUCGUUGGUUGGAUUCUCGUUUUUGACAGUCGUGUCUUUGACAGUGACACCACCUCCAAGGUUGCCUGAUCUCUUCCCAGUUUUGCUUUCUUUUGUAUCUUGUGUGCAUUACUGCUUCUUCACUUGCUAUUUUCAUUACCGCCAGUUCACAACGAGAUAUGACAGACAGCAAGGAAAGGUGAAAAGGCAUUAGGUCUGAAAUGCAACAGUAUAGUGUUUUCCAUAUUGCAGGACCAAUUAGUAUAAUAAACAAGGGAAAGCAAAAUGUUAUUAUGUUGGAGUGCAACAUAUUCAACUUUCCAUGACCAAUUCAUUAUAUAAUUUAUAUUUUAUAAUUUUUGAUUUCCAAUGUAGCUCAGAGUUAGGAAUUGUAGUUGCAGUGGUCAGAGGUUUCAUUAUUUUGAUUAGUUGAUAUAAGCAUAGUUAUAUACAGAUAUAUGAAUGUUAAUCAUCAAUUUCAUUAUAAAAAGUACAAGACUGAAAUGAUGUGAUAAUACAUAUUACUGUUAGACCCUUAUGUGGUAAUAGAUUCCUUUAGAUUGAUCCCAACCUAAUAAAUCACUUACUUGUGUUUUCCUUGUUGGUUGUAGUAAUAUUUUGUAUCUGAAAAGUGUUUGGUUAUACUUAUAUGUAUAUUUAGUUUUUUUCUUAUAGUCUAAUCCUUUUUUUCUCUCUCUUGAUAUUUCACAUAAUAUUUAUUGUUUGAAUUUUGAUGUGCUAGCAAACAGUUUGCUUGGUUAAGUGAAAUACAUCUUGUUUGGAGAAUGAAAUAAUUUUCAUGUAUUUUGGUAUAAAAAUGUAUACUUUAUCUAUCAAGCUUUUUAUUUUUAGUGGCCUUUAUUACAUGAUAUUUAGCAGUCCUUGAGAUAUUACCUUCUUCCAUUUUUUUGUUACCUGCUCUCAGUAUUCAUUCUUUUGUCCCCAUCUGAGUGCGCUUGUGAGUGUGUUACAUGCACAUACCCACAGCGGAAGAAAUGUACAACUUCUAGUGCACAGACAGCUCAAGACCAUUCCUUUACUGCCUUUGAUUUUAAGCCAUUUUUGUAAUAAAGGGACCAUACAUUUUUCCAGUGCCAUUUAUGAUAUUGGCAAAAAGGUCUAUGCAUUGAACUCCUUGCUAGGCUAACUGGAGGGACCCAUUAUUUUACAAUUCAUCUUCCCUAUGCCCUACUUUUCUUUUCUUCUUUGAGUCUUUCUUUCUGUCUUUCCUCUCUUAUUCUCCCCUUCCUCAUCCUCACAUUUUUGAUAGAGAAUGAUCAAAUUCCACAUGAUUCUUCUCUCUCUUGGAGAGAUAUUCAAGUUACACUUACUCUGCACUCCUUGUAGGGAAACAUUGUUAUUGUGACAAUAUAGUUAAAGUCUAGUUUCAGUGACUGGAAACAUUUUCUUUCAUUAAAGUGUUUCAUUUUUUCA